AUGGCGCCUACCGACGACGUGACCGUUGUGGUCUUCCCCUCCAAGGACGACAGCUCGGACAAGACGGAGCUCGUGGUCCAGCGCCCGAGCCGCAAGUACAAACUCUUCCUGGCCGCCCUGUACACGUUGGCGUCGUCCGGGUUCCUCUACGGCUGCGUGGCUUUUGUCACAUUCUUCGGAGACUUGUUCACGUUCCUACUGGUUCUUACUCGCCAGUGA